ACUAGCUGUUUCUUGUUCUGGGGUGUUGUCGCACAGUUGUUCUCAACCCAAGUGAAAGGCUUGUGAAUAAAAAUAUCAAACCAUAACAAUGCAAGAGAGCUGCUGAUGUUCACAGAGCCCUUCUUUUGGCAACAGCACUAACCGUUCAAUCCAAAAAAAGAAAUGUCUUGUUUGUGACUGGGUGGGCUAGCUGACGCACUCCAAGAUCUGGAAUAAAAGAGAUGAGCGUCUGUUUCAUAACAAUCCAGAGAUGAUAUCCGCCUAGUCAUUCAUUUCCCUUUGAAGCGGCUUCUGCACCACCUUAUGAGCUGAUGGAGAGCACAUCUGCAGAAGAAAAGGAGGGUACAGAAGAUUCCGAAAACACAUCCCUGGCUGAAUCCUCUCGUCUGUUACCCAAGGAUGAACACAAGGAACUUCCUCCUCAUCUAAGAGACUGGAACAUCCUCUUUGUUUCUGAGCAAGACGUUAAAGAAGCCUUUCUCCAGUAUGCAGCCAGUAAAUGCUGCUAUCGGAGAGCUGUUGCGAAGCAAAUGGAAAUCCGGAAUCUCACUCCUCUCAACACAUACAGAUAUCGCCUGGAAACUUUCACUGAAACUAGAGAGACAUACUUAGCAAGUGAACUUUAUAAUGGUGGAUUCGUCGACUCUUCUGCCGUUGCUACACCACCAGCUCCCUGGGACAUUGUGGUGGAUCCACCUCCGCUCUUUACAGAUUGUGAAAUGCGUCUUCCAAUACCCCACUCGUACUCAUUAGAGAACUGUCCAAAUUGCAAAGGACGUGGUGCCAUUAUGUGUCAGUCUUGUGAAGGAACCGGCAAGAAAAAAUGUUCAGCCUGUGGUGGUACUGGGACCAACACACUAGAAGAUUCCAAUAUUUGCUCUUGGUGUGCAGGUACAGGAAAAAAUCGCUGCUUCAGUUGUCGGAGCAAUGGAUGGCUGAAGUGUUACCGUUGCAAUGGGAGUGGUGCCUUGCUGUUCCAUACAGAACUUGCCAUCACUUGGAAGAACAAUAUUUUAGAACAUGUGGUGGACAAGAAUUCUGGUCUUCCAAAUUACCUUUUACAUGAAGCAACUGGGAAAGAAAUAGUUUGUGAUGAACAUCUCUCGGUGUUUCCUAUUGUUGACUUUCCAGAGCUGUCCAUUGAAGACUAUUCACUAGCAUGUAUCGAACAACACAAAAUGCAGUUUGCCUCAGGAAAUAUACAUCACAUACUGAUGCAGAAACAAACAAUCGAGUUGGUGCCGCUCACAAAGGCCGAAUAUGAAUGGAAAGGGAAAUUGCGUUCCUUCUAUGUUUUUGGCAAAGAGAAUAAGGUGUACACCAAGGAUUACCCAGCAAAGUUCUGCUGCUCCAUCAUGUGAUACAGGACAGUUUCUGCAACAUUCAGCUGCCAGGCAACAGAACGACUUUAACUAGUUGUUCUUCGUGGGAUUCCUCCAUGGCUAAAGAUGUUGUUCUCAGGGUGACAUGAUUUAGCAGACAUGGCUAGUGAUGGACAUGGACUUUUUCAGGCAUCUAUUUGCUCUGAUAUGUCUUGAGAUACUGUGCAGUACAUGAUUCCAUGGAAGAGUCAAUUGAAAUAUUUAGAUGUUGUUUUCUUUGAUUGUUUACGUAUUUGCAGCCAAUCCAUGACUUCAUCCAAAGCUCUGAUAGGUCUUCUCUCUAUUUUCUUCAGCCAGGGGAGCCUCAUAUGAUUAUAAUAAAAAAUGUUCCAGGACAGCUUCAGCUGUGGGUGAGGAGGCUUCUUUCCUCUAGGGCAUAGAGGACCUUUGGGAUGAGAGGGUUUAAGACGGCUCAUCCUCCCUCCUGCAACGCUAGACAUCAGCUGUUAUUGGCAGCAAUAAGACCAACUGUGGCUUGCUGUUCACAAAGCUUUUCUUGGGCAGAAGUGGGAUUGCUAAAAGAGGCAGCUUCCUCUGGAGGCCAGCAGGUGGGGCACCCUUGCCUAAUCCUAACCUGCUUCAGUAAACUGGAUCUAGAAGCUGGUCGCUCUGUCUGCCACCAGCUCUUGUGACCAGUUGCCCAAGUAACAUGAAAAAUGAAGACCUGAAAGAUAAACAAGUUGUGUCCGGCACAAGCUUUUUGUGGAAGAUGGCACAUUUCUUGAGAUGAAAGAAAAAGGGCCUGACAAUUGCCUUCAAACAAAAUUAAUAAGACAGUUUGCGUCUGUUACAUAACUCAGCCAAACUUUUUUUUCCUAUUAAAAAAAAAUCUGUAUCACUUAAUGAAAUAAUUUAGUCUUCUGGAUGAGUUUCUACAAAGUUAAACUGUUUUGGGGAAUACACAGCUUGUGGUGAGAUAUGUCCCACCUUGUGGAAGGUUUAGCACUUUGUGUUUGUUUUUUUCUUCUUCAGUAAAAACAUCAUGUAGAAUUCGUUGUUUAGUCGUUUAGUCAUGUCCGACUCUCAGUGACUCCAUGGACCAAUAGAUUCAUAUAAUCACAUGGAGGCACAUUUCUCGGAAUACUGUGCAGUAAGAAAAUAAGAGGGAGAAAUCUCCAAAUAAUUGGUUUUUGUACCCCAUCUUAAUGUGUGAUGGAUGGCUAGAAUUUAGCUAAAGUCCCACUCAGUUAUGAAGCACACUGGGUGGCUUUAGGUCUCUCAGUCUACCCUACCUCCUAAAGCUAUUGUGAGAAUGAAGGGAACAGUACCAAAUGUACCAAAGUAAACUCCUUAAAGAAAAGCAAGCCCCAAAAUUACAUUACAAUUGAAUGAUGAAUGGAUGAUUCAUGUUGCCUGAUCCUGUGCUUCAAAACCAGUAGACAACAAGCAGAACUGUGUCAGGACAGUUAAUGAGUGUCAGUUGGUGGCAACAUGGACCAGUGCAGAAGAUCUUAGCUGAGGAGUAGGUUGUUAUAUAUUUAAAAAGAAAUUCUGUUCUCCAUGAACUGAAAGCUGGUAUAUAUAUAUAUCUUGUACUCUGACCCUCAUCUUAAUGGUUUUACCAUUACUAGCUGAAUUUGUCAACCAUUUAUGUCUAGGCCUUGUUCCAGUACAGCUAAAAGCAUUAUACUGUGCCAAAAUUUGUCACAUGAAGAUUUCCUCACCAUGAUAUGAAACUAAAUGAUGGGAAAAGGAUAGUAGUCUGCAGCCUGAAGUUUUCAAGGCAGUAGGAUAGAUGGAGUAUCCACCUCUGAGCGAAGAGAAGAGAUCUGCCCUCAGAGGGGAAGGUCUAGCUUUAUACUCUUUAGUACUCUAGUCUAAUGGCAUUGGUAGAAUCGGUGUUAGAGAGACACCACUGAGGAUGUUGCCUUUCUGACACAGGUUCUCCAGUGCCAUUGGGAUGAAAAAGGGGAUGUAUUGGGAAAUAUGUCAUGGGAAGAUUGGGGAAAACAUUUAGACUGAGGUUGGCAAAUGAUGACUUCCCAUAGCCUUUGGAUUGCAACUCUCACGACCCCCACUGUUGGCUAUGUUCUCCCAUGCUGAUGGUAGUUACAGCUGAAUGACAGAUGGAGGGCUACAAGCCACUUUCCCCUUUUACUCAGGAUCUUCCUUGUCCCUAGACACUUUCGUGUCCCUUGAGCAGGCAUUCCACAGCCUUUGAAUCUUCCCACCUGCAGGAGGAUUGCAUGGCCCAUAUCACCUAAAACAAGGCUAUCUCUAGAAUGACAUAUUUAUUCCCUAUGAAAUUACUGGAGAACUCUCUGCUCUCCUUAUUCCAUGCAUCUUGCUUGUGCCAGAAGGGUUCUACAGAAGGGUUUCAUAUGUAUCCCAAUUCAUAGUUUUUCCAGGGAGAAGCAUCAAGCCCUAAAGAGGCUGUGGCCAAGUGGAGACUACUUUAUUUCAGCGUGCUAUAACACCUUUUCUAUAAUGGUCAAACUGCUGCUAUUUUAAGAAUUUUACUGAGUGUUUUAUUGGUUGUUUUGCAACUUUUAUGUUGAAAUUGUGAGCUGCUUUACACUGAGUUUCUGUAGAAUGGAGAUAUAUAAAUUAUUGUCAAAAAUAAAAGUGCCUUACUUGCUUAA